AUAAGUAGUUGAUGCGUUAUAUCUCUUGGAGCUCGUCACGAAGCGAGUCUUUGUUUACCUCACCGAAGAAGCUUCCAAUUAAAAACAUGUUUGGCAACUUUUUUAAAAUCUAUAUCCCCGGGAUCGUUUCACUGUUAUUUAGUUUACAGAGUGCAGCUUCAUUCGAUUCUAAAUCAUGCUUAAGUCCAAACAUAAUUGAGCGAGCUCAGUGGGGAGCUCGGUCACCCGCAAGUCUCAAUUACUUGGUUACACCUUUGCUCUACGCUGUGAUACACCACACGGUCACUCCGGAAUGCAACAGGUUUAGCGAAUGCGCCGAUAUUGUCAGAAGUAUACAAAAUCAUCACAUGAAUGAUCUUGGGUGGGAUGACAUUGGCUAUUCAUUUAUGGUGGGAGGAGACGGCAAUGUUUAUGAAGGAACCGGUUGGUCUACAGAAGGUGCACACACCUUAGGAUAUAACAGAAAAUCCAUUGGCAUUGCUUUCAUUGGCAACUUCCAGCAAUCAUAUCGGAAUUCGUCGCUUGAAAUCACUGUGGCCAAGGACGCGAAAGAAAAGAGUCUGCAAGCAGCGCAUGAUCUGAUCAUAUGUGGGAAGAACCUCGGCUACCUUCGUUCGAAUGUAAAGGUCAUUGGUGCUCGUCAAGUCAGUGCAACGGAAAGUCCCGGGAAUAAACUAUACGCUCACAUACAAAGUUGGCCCGAAUGGAGCGUAGUACCAAGAAGAGAGAACAUCUUUCCUUAAAAGCAAUAAAUAACAUUGUUUUCUUUUUUUUAUUUUUCAUCAAUUUUUAAUUUAUUUCAUGUUAUUUAAUCUUAUUAUAUACAAGACUGCAUUAAUCUAAACAUUCGUCUAUGAUACAUCAUAACAUAGGACAGAACGUGUCUUCGCAGAGAUAGUGAAUUUUGUCGGCAGCUUUCAAAAACGAUGUAGCAAACGUAAACAUAAAUACGAAUCUGUCCACAGAAUCAAAUGUGACGCGCGACUUAUUCAUUAUCUUUACAUAUCGUUAAAAAUAUUUACAAAUUCUAUGGCGUCUCCUGUGUGAUCGGUGCAUGCUAAGUGCUUGGUCUUCUAGAUCAAAGACUUGCAAUAGCUGCGAGACGCUGUGAGAACGCAUAGAACAUAAUGGCGGUGACCUUUAUUAACAUUUUCAUCGAUUCGAUGAGUAAAUGAUAAAAAUGUUUGAUUACAGAUUGAAAAAUAAAUACGAAAUUCGACCUGUUCGAAGUCUUUACUUUUAAUUUGAUUGAUAGAAAUAAAAAGAGGAAUGCUACUGGACUCGCAUUUAAAAUAAUAUUCGUCUAAUUUUACAAUAAUGAGUUGUUUGUCAAAUUUUUGUGUUGCGAAUUCGAAAUACAAUUAUUCAAUAAUCAACAAUUGUGGCUACUGCAAAGAGUGCGAACUUUACAAUUACUAUUAUUAUUUGAUUUCUAAUUCCAUUGUCGAUAAUAUCUAUUUUUCUCUGUAAAUAGUGUUUCGGCGACGCAAAAAUAAAUAACUGUUUAUUAAGCUUUCGUGUCGCAUAACUACGUAAAGAGUUUUCUAUGUACAGACGCAAAAAACUAAGAAGGAUUCGCACCGUUUUCAUCACAAUACCUGUACAUACAACUUUAUUAUCGCUUUCACCGCGAUUGCACCACCACGAAAAUACUUUAAUCUUUUCUUUCUCUCUCAGUUUACAAUCAUUAAUGCACCAUUAGUAAAUUAUUAAAAUGCUCGCUUCUAUACUCGCAAACACCUCGCUUAUGAAAUAAUCUCAUCAAACUUACACUUAUAAAAGGCCUCCGCCAAAAGUGAUUAUCACCUCAGAAUACAACUCUUAUUAUUACGUUGUUAUUACUUAAUUUCAUUUUAUUCAUUUUCAUUAAAUCAUGAUUCAAUUUUCGCGUAAGAAUGUCAUCCAACGUAAAUUUUAAACUCACACAUACUAAAAACUAUUUAUGCAUGUCGUGAUUUUUUGUUUUUUUUUGAUAAAGCAUUUUAAAAAAAUGAAAAAGCAAUUUUCCUCUAUUUAAAUUGCUACUUUGAUGGAUAUGAAAAAUAACAAGAUGUAUUUCAAAAUUUGUUCCAAAUGAAUUAUUGUUUUCAACAACGUACGUUCAAGCGUCACUUGCAUAUUAUUUUAAAUUUUAUGUUAGAAUCGUUUAAGUUUAUUUAGCCUUUACAUAUAUAGUAAAACACAUUCUGAACUUGAAGUAUUCUAAAUUUUCACACUAGUAAACUUUCAAUUUUAAAUAAUAAUGAAAGAUAUUUAUAAAAUAAUUACAGAUUAUAAGACACUAAAAAAGUUUGUCCAGACAUUUAAAAUGCUUUUGUACUGAAAUAAGUUUUGCAGUAUAAUCUUUUUUGUAGAAAAAAUUGUUGCAGUCUAUAUUUACUACUUUUUCAUACCCUCAAAGCAAAAGAAAAAAGAAGUUACUCUUUAGAUUCAAAAAAUAAUACUUUACCUACAUUUAUCUUCCAACAAUUGCGUUGGAAAAAGGAACGUAAUAAAGGGUUAAUUUCAUUCAGCGUAUGGUUUUCUUUGAACUGUUACCUAUCAGCUAAACUAUAUAAUACGUAAUUUGACGCAAAAGGAAAACAUAAGGAUCCUAAAAAGAAGAUUUUACAUAUUUUUGUAAAAUAUUAUUGCAUUGGCUUAUAAUAUUUAUAAUAAUUGUAAAAUGAAAAUAAAUAGCAAUUCGCUAUUUGUAUUUUAUCAAAUAAAAAUCAACUAAAAAAUGAGUCUCAUAGAGGGUGUUUUUCUCAAUCUCCGAUUCAGGAUCCAUCUUAACAACCUUCCCUAACUUUACGCCAAACUUCAAAGGUAAAGCUUCUUGAAGAAGAGAGAUUGCAAACAACAAGAGAUUCUUGACAGAUCAAUUUUCAUUGCUGAUUGAAAUCUUCUCGACAGUCGAUAUAAAGAAAACUACCCCUCUACAAGUUUGUGCAAAUUUAAGAAUGGCCGAGCUACCU